AUGUGGGUGACUUCAGGAAGAUUCUCACUGUUUGAUGACACCAAAUCAGCAGAGUUCAGGGUGAUGAUCAGAGAACUCAUUGUAGAGGACAAUGGGACGUACUGGUGUGGAGUUUCUAGAGAUGUUUGGAUGAACAUUUACACAUUGGUGGAACUGAAUAUAAAGAAAGCAGGAAGUUCUGACUCUAGAGAAGUGACUGCAUAUGCAGGGACCAGAAGCAACAUCAAGUGCAGAUACGAGGAUCAAUACAAAGACAAACCCAAAUCUUUCUGGAAGAUCAGAACAGAUGAGUGGAGUAUUAAACACAUAAACACUGAAGCACACAGUGAAUGGUCACAUGAUGGCAGAUUCUCAAUCCAUGACAACAGAAGUGCAGGAUUCUUCAGUGUGUUUAUCAGAGAGCUGAUUAUAGAGGACACUGGGACGUAUGCAUGUGCUGUUGCUGCGUCUGAUCGAAUAGAGAUCUACACUGUAGUGAAGCUGAACGUCACAGAAGAUGUUUCCUUUGAGAAGACCAUCAACAAGAUAGCGCAUGAAGGAGGAGAUGUGAAUAUUAGCUGUACAUACCCAGAAUCCCACAAGAAUGACAAUAAGUUUCUUUGCAAGAGGCAUACAACUGCUGCUUGUCUUUAUAUGACAACCAGUAAAGAUGUAAGUGUGGGGAAAUUCUCCCUGUACGAUGACAGAGAGAAACACGUCUUCACUGUGAGUCUCAACAAUGUCACUGAGCAGGACUCUGGUGAAUACUGGUGUGGAGCUGAAGUGGCCUGGAAACAGGAUCAUGAAUACAAUGUUUAUUUUACACACAUCAACCUGACUGUUACUGGAUUUUCAGCUUUCAUUUUGAUUGCUCUGUGGGCGAGUCUGCUGGUGUUCCUGAUUGGAUUCAUAUUCCUCAUUGUGAUUCUAUACAAGCGGUGCAAAAUGCCAGACCCAAAAACCAUGACACCAGUUUCCAGCGAGACAAAUGGAGAUUAUGAUUUUGUGCUUCAUCUCCAGUCAACACAAAACACCAAUCCACCAGAGUCUGUUUAUCAGAAACUGAACCCCAACACCAACCAAUCCGAAUUAAUUUACCAAAAUCUGAACCCCAACACCAACCAAUCAGAUUCAUUUUACCAAAGUCUUAAACCCAAAGCCAACCAAUAAUAAUCAGUCUACCAAAAUCGGAACCCGACAACAACCAAUUAGACUCAGUAUACUGCAUUAAAGCCUGAACCCAUCACCAAACAGCUUCAAUCUAUCAGAACCCAAACCCAACACCAACCAAUCAGAUUCUGUCUAACUGAGCCUAAACCCCAACACCAACCAAUCAGAUUAACCCUCUCCCCCAAUCAGUUUGAGCAAAUAUAUUGCAAAAACAUUUCCUGUAGCAUAGCAGUAAACACGUGGUUCUAGUCACCGAUUCUUACAUUUUAAAAUGAAUCUAUUUUGAAACUAAAUUUCUGGAAUAACUUUUCAUCGUUUUCUAAAAAUCAGAGACAUUCAUCUUGAAGUGUGUGGUAAAAAAAAGUGUAUAAAAUGAUUGCACUAUGAGUAGUUGUCUAAGGGUGAACGUUUGUGCUUAUGAGUGGCUUUUAACAGUCGGGAGUUGAGCAGUUCACCUCUAAUGUUUAAUGCUAUUCAUAGCAUUGAUGCCACAUGGAUAGAGUUCAGUUAAACAUUUCAGCUCAGAUGCAUCAAUCAUGCAGCAAUCAUUUAUUAUUGCUGUUUCAUUUAUUAUGAGUAAUUUUUUUCUCUAUUCAUCAAUCACUGAUUUAUUUAUAGUUUCAGGAUUAUUAUUUGCUCUUCUCUGUAAAUGCAUUGCAUAGUGUCAGGAUCGUGGACUGGAAGAUAUCACAGCCACUGCACUUCUUUAUUUGUCACAUGUCAAUGAUCACUCGUCCCUGUUCCUCCUCACCUUGAUUAGCAUUUGUGUAUGUAGCUUCA